UAGUGCGGUCGUCGGUUGGUUGUGUUGUACAAACCAUUUUUAAAAGAGAAUUUUCAUAAUUCCAAAAAAAUAUAUAUAUAUCCCUGCAAAUAGGAAAAUUACAACAAAAUCGUGUUCGCAGGAGAAAAAAUAACAAAAUGGAAAAGAAAACAGAAUUUCGUUAAUGAAAAACAAAUGCCUCGUUGAGAGGGGUUUUCUUAUUUUCUCGUAAAACCGAAUAAAAAUUAACAGCAGCAGAAGUCAAAUAAUUGUGUGUACGUGCGUGCGUGUGUGUUUGUUGGAAAAAAAGAGGUGGUGACGGUAAAACAAAAACUGGAUUCUUUUCCUACCAGAAAAAAGUGUGUUUUAUGGAAAAUUCACAAAGAAGUCGAGGAAAAUUGUUUGUGAUCUGCCACAAAAGUUGAGUUCAUAAAACAACAACAAUUGUGACAAACGAAGUAAAAUUGUAAAGAAAAAAAAAAAAAAUAAAAAGAAAAUAUCAAAUAUUCCUCCCAUCAUUUAGACCAUACCAUUUUUUGCCAAGCAAAUAAAAACAAGUUGAAGCAGACAAAACGACAACAACAACAAUAAGAGAGAAACAAAAAACAUGACAACCGAAGAGUUGAAAGUGGUUUUACAUCGUAGCAGUGAUCAUUCCGGUUUUGGUUUUUCUUUAUUGGGCACCACCGGGCCCCCACAUGUUAUCUAUGAUAUUGUGGAGAAUUCACCGGCAGCUGAUUGUGGAGUGGUUGAGGCCGGUGAUGUUAUCCUCAAAGUAAACGGCAUCGAUGUGCAUCAGUAUACAACGAAGGAGGUAUUAAAGUGUCUACGGCUCUCGGAAGAUUUGGUAACAUUGGAACUGAAAAGAGAUCCAAAAUUGAAGGCUCGAAUAAAGGAACAGCUGGCCAAUACGAAAAGUCCCCAUUAUAUUGAUAUUGAGACAUCACCCACAAAUAAUUACGAUUAUCAUAGCCAGCGUCAAAUAAAGUCAUCACCUCAGCACCACCACUAUCAGCAACAACAACAUCAUCACGAAGCUGCCAACAACAGUAGUAGUAGUAAUAAUAGCAAUAACAGUAAAUUUCAAUACGAUGUGACGACAACGCACAAUACAACAACAACAACAACAAUUGUACAACACCAUCAUCACCAACAACAAACAGCGGCGGCGGCGGUGGCGGCAACAACAUCUAGCCCCAAUCAUUCACCUGCCUCAUCAUCGUCCCGUUACAAAUCCUCAACAGCAGCCACCACAAAUUUGCCACGUCAUCAUGCGGCAGCUGCGGCCACCAAUUCUGCCAAUCACAGCCGCAGUUCAUCGGCUUCAUCGAAUAAAAUACAAUUGGAGGGUGGUGGUGGUCCAACAACAGCCACUUCGCCCACAUCACGCAUACCCUCACGCAUACCCCAGGCCAAGAAAAGCAGCCAAAAGGCCCAGCAAUCUCCCCAAAAUAAACGGCCACGGCCAUCCCAGAUACCCAAGGCUGCUGGUGUAAUGGGCACAUCGAUGACUUCUUCCAUAACAUCGACGGCAGGCGGUGAGGCCGUCAACUCAACGAACUUUAAUGGCAAUACCCAAACGACGGCAACAGCCACCACAACAGGUCCCAAUCAUCCACAUUCCUUGCAACAUUCGAACAGCUAUGCCGGCAGCGGCGGCGGCAACACAUCGACAAGACUAAAUCGAUCCAAUAACUCUUCAGAGGAUCGUGAUACACCCGAACCCAAUUCGGCACCACCCCAGCCAGCCAAGGCGCCUCGUUUCGAGGCCUACAUGAUGACCGGUGAUUUGAUAUUGAAUCUCUCGCGUACACCCCAGAGCAGCAAUGUCUUGACGGUACAGGCGAAAAAAGUCGACUCACUACGUGAUUCACCCAAUCGUGUUGGCUUGGCAAGGGCCAAUGGGGCCUUGGCUCCCAAGGCAUCGGGUGAAUCCUCACCCACCUCCUCCUCAUCCCAAGAAUCCCCCACCCAUGCCAGCCACACCCACACCCACUCCACCAACACGGAUUCCAAGAAUUUACAGAACAGAGAAAAAUCCCGUUUCCACAAGAAACAUGCGCUGGCGCAAAAUCUCCAAAACUAUCAGCCGGAUAGUAUGGACACAACCUACAACAAUCGUCAGGAUUCCCUUACCAAUGAUACGCUUUUGCUGUGCGAAGAAUUGGAGAAGGACGAUGAGGAUGGUACACAACCAGAAACGGCAGGUGGCGGUAGGCAGCAACAUCAUCGUCAUCAGCGUUAUGUCCAGCAGCAGAAUAAACACAAACGCCAUCAGCAGCAGCAGCAGCAGACAAAUCGGCAACGCCAAAAAACCUAUGAAUACUAUCAGAAUGAAGAUGACGAUAAUGUGGAUGAGGAUGACAAUCCCGAUGAGGAUGAGGACUAUGAUGAUGGCAAUUAUGCCGGGGAAGAGGAAGACGAUGAGGAGGAUGAUGAGGAGGAGGAGGAUGACGACGACGAUGAGGAAGAUCAAACCAACUAUGAUAUUACCAAUUUGGAAACCUACAACAGUGGCUUGGGUGGCAUGGGCGGCGGUGGUGGUGGCAACAGUGUCCAUGCCGAUGAUGAGGCUAGUGAUAGACAAUGUCUAAUGCAGGAAGACGACGACGACGAUGAUGAUGAUGAUGAAAAUUUGCCCGAGGAUCCCAAUUCGUUGGGCAGUUCAGCGGCGGCCACAACAACAAAACAAAAACUCAAAGCUUUAAAACAAAAGGCUGCCUUGCGCUACAAGCUGCGUUCCGAGGACAAUGUGGAUUCUUCACGGAAUUUGCGUAGUUCAGCAUCUUCAUCAUCAUCUGCCACAAUGGGUGGCGGCGGGGCAAAUGCAGGUGGUGUAGGUGGUGGUGGCGGCGGCGGCAAUAAUACCUCCCAAGAUGAAACCUCAUUCUCAGUGCCCACAUCACCCAUAUCCCUGUCGACGCCCCUGAUCGACAAGGAAACCGCCAAUUCGGUGCCCACCAGUCCGGAACCAUCGAAUAUGGCGGGUGGCACCACCGCCCCGGGUGCCGUGGACACCAGCGGUGUGGUGCGGCGUCAUCAUCAUCACCACCACCAUCACAAUGGCCAGAUUGUGCGCAAAUGUGAUUCGGCCGGUUUUCGCACCAGCAAAUCUGAAGAUCAUCUACAGCAAAUACAACGUGAAGGUAUGGCUGCUGUUAUACCCAUUGAUAUUGAUGAAGAUGUAAAUAGUUCUUUGAAUACACUAUUAGAUACACGGCAAGAUUCGGAAGAUUCUCAGAAUUCGGAUCGUGAUCGUAUCGUAUGGACGUAUAAUGCUCCCCUACAGCCACAUCAAAUAGCAGCUUUGCAGCAGCAACAACAACAACAGCAACAGUAUUCUUCUACAAAUUACAAUAGCAACAAUCACUCUCAUUCCCAUCACUCACAUUCACACUCCAGUUCGAUGAGUUCAUCGCCACAGCAUUCGGUGGGCAGUCCAGCCUCACCCACAUCGGUGUCCAGUUCGGUGAUGUCGUCGUCGGGCGGUUCGAAGGGUGCCUUUGGUCUAAGCGGUAAUAACAAUGGUCAUAUGCAACAUCAACAACAUGUUGUUGUAACUAACGGCGGUAUGAUACUUAGUGAUCCCAGUGAUUCAGAUUCCACAAUUUUGGUUUCCGAUGCUGCUGUGCAGCGUCAACAACAACACCAGCAACAUCAGCAACAACAACACCGACAACAGCAAAAAUCCUCAGAACACAAGGUUGUCAUUAAGGUGCGUGGCGCCGACAAUGGCAAUAAUGUCAAUAACAACAACAAUGGCUCGCCCUCGAGUAGAUCUCAGCAUGCUGGCGCCGCCACAUCAUCGGAUCACGAAGAUGAACUUGCCACUCUAACCGAAGAACCUCAGCACCAGGGCUCCUCCUCCUCCUCGGCUGGCAUUAAUAAUAACUGUGGUGGCGGGGGCGGUGAUGGUCGUGACUCGUCACCACCCGUCUCUGACGAUGGCAGUGAUGUUGAAUCAUUACACUCCUAUCAUUACUCACCCAAGGCUGUUGAUAUGCCAUCGGCCAUACGUUUGGCAAAAAGACUGUACACUCUGGAUGGUUUCAAGAAGAGUGAUGUAUCCCGUCAUUUAAGUAAAAACAAUGACUUUAACCGGGCUGUGGCCGAUGAGUAUCUGAAAUAUUUUAAUUUUGAAAAAAAGACUUUGGAUCAAUCGUUGCGCGAAUUUCUACAACAGUUUGCCUUGUCGGGUGAAACCCAGGAACGUGAACGGGUAUUGGUUCACUUUUCCAAACGUUAUUUGGAUUGCAAUCCGGGAACGUUCAAUUCACAAGAUGCCGUUCACACCUUAACCUGUGCUAUCAUGCUACUAAAUACCGAUUUACAUGGCCAAAAUAUUGGACGAAAGAUGACAUGCAGUGAAUUCAUUGAAAAUCUGGCUGAACUCAAUGAUGGUGACAAUUUUCCCAAAGAUAUACUCAAGUGUUUAUAUCAGGCCAUUAAAACCCAGCCAUUGGAGUGGGCAUUGGAUGAUGAUGCCAAUGACUUGGCCAAACAACAGUCUGACAACAAAAAUAGUGUACAAUCUACUGCGCAUUUAGGACAAAAUCCAUUUUUGGAUUUACCCGAAACCACAAAUGCUGUGGAAUACAAAAAGGGCUAUGUUAUGCGGAAGAGCUGUUACGAUGCAAAUUUCAAGAAAACUCCUUUCGGCAAGAGAUCAUGGAAAAUGUUCUAUUGUACCCUCAGAGAUUUAGUAUUAUUUUUGCACAAGGAUGAGCAUGGUUUUCGCAAGAGUCAAAUGUCUGAUAACCUACACAAUGCCAUACGCAUCCAUCACGCGCUGGCAACCAAAGCAACUGAUUACACGAAAAAACAACAUGUCUUUCGUCUACAAACUGCCGAUCAGGCAGAAUAUCUAUUCCAAACGAGUGAUUCAAAGGAAUUGCAAUCCUGGGUGGAGACUAUAAAUUUUGUAUGUGCCGCCUAUUCAGCGCCUCCUUUAGAAGGAGGCGUGGGUAGUCAAAAACGUUUCCAAAGACCACUGCUACCUAGUUCGCAUACUAAAUUGUUACUGAAAGAACAAUUGGAGUCACAUGAACAGCAAUUAGCAAAAAUUGAAAACACAUUGAUGGAACAUAAAAAGGGUCCCAUACCAACAAAAGGCUUAGCUUUACAAAACUACAAGGAAAAAGAAGCAUUUUUACAAUAUGAGUUACGUCGCUACAAGGCGUAUGUGUCAAUUUUAACAGCUAAGAUCUUAGCUGACCAACAACAGCAAUUCGAAUUGCAACAAUCGAAUCAAUUAAACGAAGAAGAUUCGGAUAAGUUUUUUAAAAUACAAACUGCAACAGCUCCUAUACGUUUACAACCAAUGACAUCAGCAUCCUCCACAACCAUAACAACAACAGCAGCAGCACCAAAUAGUAUUAAUGCUAAUGAUGAACAGCAGCAGCAGCAGCAGCAACAAGAACAUCAAUCAUCACAACCAUCUGGAAACAGAUUUUAUUGCUGUUUUGCCUGGCUGUCGUGCAUAUUUUCCUAAGAAAAUAAAAAGUUGUUUUUUUUAUUCCAAAUUCUUGCAAGCCAGAAUAAUAAAAAAGAACACAACCACCAUCCCAAAACAAAAAAAAAUAACACACUCACCGAGCACAUUACAAAAUAGUGUUGUUUUAAAGGAAAAAAGAGAAAAAGAAAUAGAAAUCGAAAUGAUGUGGUUUUAGAGAUUAAUAAAGAAAGAAAGUGAUCGUCAUUACAAAACACAGGGCAACGAUACAAUAUUCGAACAUUACACAGAAGAGGUAAAAAAUGAACCUAUGGCGAUACAUACCAGAAAGGCAAUCCACAAUACCUUAAGGAAGGGCAACGAACUUCGUUUCCCCAGUGUGUGCAUAUGAGUUUUUCAAUUUAAUUUAUAAAAACAACAAAAAUCAGAACGAAAUUUAUUUUUAUUUGUUUAACUUUGUUAUGAAAAAAAGUAGUAGUAGAAGAAGAAGAAAAAAAAACGCCUACAAAAAUAUGUUUUUAUAUACAGAGAGAUUGGUAUCGUUGUAAUUUAAGUUUCCAUUGAUUAUGUUAGAGAACAAUAUUUUUUUUUUGCCCCGCCUUUCCUCACACUUUUUUUAGGGGGAGUGCAACAAACCACACAUAAAAGACAGACCCUUUGAAGAUCUUCUGUUCAUAAAAGGCCUUCAUGAUGUAAAAUACUUAGUAAACAGUCAGCAUUGUAUAGAAGACCAAUAAGGGAUCUAAGCAUAAAAAAUCUCAAGAAGAUAUUUCAUAUGUGAAAAAUUCCCAGAAAUCAUUUGAUUUUUUAAAAGACCUUCAAAAGAUUCCUGUUUAUAGUUGACAUCAAAAAAGUCCUUUAGUUUGGAAAUGUUGUUAAAUUACAGUUUUUUACACUCUUCCAUAGGAAGGAUCAUCUGGAGUUAUUCAAGUACUCCAUAAGAUAUGGUAUCAAUUGAAGACCUUUGAAAGUAUUCUCUCUUUAGAAGAUGUCUUUAAAGUCAAUCCUCCAUAAAAUCAAUUGGAAACUGGUUGAUGAUCUCUCAAAAGUAUUCUCUGCUUGGAAGAUGUCUAUCAAGUUAUUUUACCCAUAGGAGAUCCAUAUAAGAUCUUCCAUCCCUUGAAAAUCUAAAGAAACUAUUCUAUAUCUGAAAGACUCCCAGAAGGAAUUGGUUUUUAAAAGACCUUCAAAAGAAUUCUGUUUUUAGUUGACAUCAAGAAAAAGUCUUUUAGUUUUGAAAUGUCAAAUUACAUUUUUUAAGGAUCUUCUGGAGUUAUUGAAUUACUCUAUAAGAUAUGGUAUCAAGUGAGGACCUUUCAAAGUAUUCUCUCUUUAGAAGAUGUCUUUAAAGUUAAUCCUCCAUAAAAUCAAUUGAAAUCAGGUUGAAGAUCUCUCAAAGGUAUUCUCUGCUUAUAAGAUGCCUAGCCUUUUACCUAUAGGAGAUCCUUAUAAGAUCUUCCAUCCAUUGAAAAUCUCUAUUAGGACCUUUCAAAGUAUUCUCUCUUUAGAUGAUGUCGUUAAAGUCAAUCCUCCAUAAAAUCAAUUGAAAUCAGGUUGAAGAUCUCUCAAAGGUAUUCUCUGUAGAGGAGAUGUCUAUUAAGUCUUAUAUCCAUAAAAGAUCUUCCAUCCAUUCAAAACCUCCAUUAGGACUUCUUACAACUGCAAAAACCCAAAAUGUUUUACAUCUGUAAAAGGCCCUCAGAAGGUCUUCUAUCUAUAGCUGAUCUUUUAAAGGACUUCUUACCCAAAACCCAAAGGAUUUUACAUCUGUAAAAGGCCCUCAGAAAAUCUUCUAUCUAUAGUUAACCUUUUAAAGGUCUCCAUUACAUUACGCCGUCUAUGAAAUGGUUUGUUUGGCACCCUCUAAUUAAAACUGAUACGUGAUAAUAACAAACUUAUAUAUAUUACAUUUUAUUAUUAUUAUUAUUAUUUUUAUUAUUUGUAUAAACUAUUUGUUUUUUUUUUGUCUUAUAUAAUAAUUUAAAAAGAAUUUCUUUUUUUUUGUAUUUUUUUAUACAUUCUACCGAGAAAACAUACACAUAACCUUACUUUUGCAACAUCAUCACUUUAUAUGUUUAGUUUAACUUUAAAGAGAAAACAACAAGAAACAAACUUUAUACUAUAAAUAAAAAUAAAAACAAACUAGGCUUUAUCAGAAGUAAAAACAAAAAAAACAAAAUAUAUAAAUAUUUAUAUAUUAUAAAUGAAAAAAUAAGUACAUACUUAAGUUAACAAAUAAUACACAUAAUAAAUGUAUAAAAACAAACAAGUAAUUAAAAAACAAAAGGAAAAAAUAAAUAAAAAAUAAGCAUUUUUAACGAUAUUUAACGAAAAAACAAAAAGAA